AAUAUCGUCGAUAUAUAAGCAUUCAGGGUAGGGCAAUUCAUCAUCACAUUGCGUCCAGGUGAGGCGACGACAAUGGCGGGGCUUCGGUGGAAAGAGGCCGUAAAGGGGGCUACCGAAGUCUUGUUCAAGGAAGAGCCGAGGACCUUAGCCGAUGGUGAUCCUUGGCCAACCUGCGAACAGCUACACCCACUACAUCACGACCCAGGAGGAAUACAGCAUACAAAGGUACGAGGGGGCCUCGACUUUCUAUGGUCCGCACACGCUGGCAGCCUACAGAGAUUGCACCAUCCAUUUCCUCCCUUACCUCUCAGCGAACCAUUAUACCCAAUGCGUAUGCAGGAGACCGGCCCUCUUCACCCGAACAAUAAAAAGACUUUCUGAACCCCAUAUCGGACGUUGUACUCGAUGCGGCGCCCAGCUUUCGCCGUUUUGGGGACGUCAAAAUUGACCUCCGGACCUCGUACUUACGUUGGGGCCACAGUCAAUGCGACGCUCGUGGGCGCCAACCUGCGGAACGAUCUGCAACUGGAGCGCACUUAUGCCGCCGUCGAGAGACUCAAUGGCAAGAACGAGGGCGAGCUGCCGUCGGAAGAUGAGUGAAAAGCCGUUUAGAGGCGAUAGUGACUGGAGCCUCAUCUUUGGCUUGCAUAGAACGGGUACAUCUUCUUUGCCGAACCUUGAGGCGAUUUCAUGUUUGGACUAGAGCGCUGGGUAUUAAACUUGUCUUUGGACUCGUUUUAUCGAUUGUGGAAAGCUAUCUGACCAGUAGAAUUUCGGGGGUUGGGGGAACAAUAUCUUCGAUC